AUGCUCGCUCGUAGAACAUAUAUCCUUCUAAUCUCUUCUGUGUCCAUUCUUAUCGCAUUCUUCAACAUCUUCUCAAUAGUCUUGGCCAAUCUCGCGAGUCUCCAUCAACGAGUCGCAGAAACGCACGUCCGCGUCGCAUUCUUCAAUCAUACUGCGUCUUCUGGGCGGUACAUCGAGACUAGGAGACAGCUUGGACUCACAGAGCGUCUUGUAUUCAGGGCAGAACCAGCACCAUCGACAAGUUUGUUGCUCCCUACAAUCUUCCCUGCAUCGAGCGCGACGACUAGACCAUUGCACCGACUCCUCAAAGGAAGUUAUUCAAAAAGGCUUCGGUUCCCUCUCCUCAAACGUGCCACCGAGCUCACCGUUCUGGAUGCUCAAUGUCAAGUGCCAAAAGAAGACGACGCGUGGCCGACUCUUCGACUGACACAAGACUCGUCGUGGGAGUAUUCAAACUCAAAGAAACAAAUCCUCGAAACGUUUUCAAUCUCUGCACAGCGCGAUUUUGAGGAGGACGCCGCCCUAGAGCUCGCCAGACGGCAAAAACUUGCCGCGCGCAACAGAAGAAAGAUGAAAAAGAAGAAGGUUUCACGCUCAAACACCUCAUAA